UUAUGCCAUGACCGUGGAUACCUUGUAACACAGGAGGAACUGGACCAGACGAUAGAGCACUUCAAGCAGCAGUUUGGAGAGAAACCCAGUGAAAGAAGACCUGCCCGUGCUGACCUUAUCGUGCUAGUAGCUCACAUUGAUGACCCAACAGAUCAAAUGUUUGUCUUUUUCCCUGAAGAACCUAAGAUUGGCAUUAAGACAAUUAAGACAUACUGUCAGCGAAUGCAAGAGGAAAAUAUUUCCAGAGCGAUUCUAGUUGUUCAGCAGGGCAUGACUCCAUCUGCUAAACAGGCACUAGUUGACAUGGCUCCCAAGUACAUCCUAGAACAGUUUUUAGAAGCAGAACUUCUCAUCAAUAUAACAGAACAUGAACAUGUACCUGAACACAUUGUCAUGACACCAGAAGAGAAAACUGAACUGCUAGGAAGAUACAAACUGAAAGACAGCCAGCUGCCUAGGAUACAACAAGGUGAUCCAGUUGCGAGAUACUUUGGAUUGAAGCGAGGACAGUUGGUGAAAAUAGUCAGAACUAGUGAGACUGCAGGACGAUAUGUGAGUUACAGACUUGUUGUGUGACCAAGUUGUGUAUGGGCAACUGAAAGCAGUUGUCAUUGCCAAAACUGAUGUACACCUGACCCUCACUCAUCUCAACCUCAUCUUCUACAAGUAUCAAGUUGGACCACUUUGGCUGUUCAUGACUACUUGUCAUUUUAUUGAUGCAAGCCAGAUAGUAUGUCAUGCUAUGCCACAAUUAUUAUUAUGCAAUUUCAGUUUUAUAUUAAUUAGCUUCAGAAUAAUGUCAAGAAAUUCACCACCAUUGGUUUUCUAUGGUUUUAUCUGUCACAGUAACAUUAUCGUUUAGUUUUAAAUACACUGUUGGUAGAGGCAAAUGAACUGCAGAUAUGAAACUGUUCCCUAGGUUCGCUACAAGUUUAACACAGAAAAAUGUUCGGUUUUGAUCAUGAAGCAGUUGUCAGUAACAAUAAUAAGUACACAUGAAUAUGGUGAAAUAAGUUGGGUUGUGCCUUUGUCAAGUGAUAACAAACAAAAGCCUCAAAAAGCACUACCAUGCCUGCAAAUGGGCUGAUUUGGUAGCACUGCUGUUUUUUUCUAUCCAUCUAAAAUAGCUAAAUUCGCAGUCGGUGUUGCGAUGAGUGCUAUAUAGAUUCUGAUGAUUUAGUUUCUUCGGAUUGUAGUUCUAUUGUCUCUAUUAAUGGUUCCUGGUCCAAAUUGAAAUUAUUUAUGUGGAAAGGUCUACUUCAAUGUACCAAACAUGCAAAAUUAUAUACUAUAUUUAUGCAACUUUGCAGUUUAUUUUUUGUAGUGCAUACAGGAAUAAAAAAUUGUAUAAAUGUUGACAAAAUUUCAA